AUGUAUACAAGAACUGGCAUUCUGUUUCUACUCUUGCAAAUUCUAACUAUAGAGAAUGUGCAUUCUCUUCCAACCGAAGAUGUGAUAAAAGGCACAAAACCGUUUAUUUGUGGGUUGCACGAAGUACCAACAUCCUGCGUAGAGCCUUGUCUACCCACAUGUGAUAUCCCAAAAAGGCCCCCUUGCAGUUUUAGGUUAUGCCUCGGGGGCUGCAUAUGUGAAGAACGGUAUAUCAGAGAAUCCGAAAACGGCAAAUGUGUACCAAUUGAAAGCUGCGUAAAUCCAGGGGAGAUUAGUAGAAAUUAUACAAAACCAUGUGGUAAAAAUGAAGAAGUAACAGAGUGUGCAGAUGCAUGUCAAGCCACUUGCGACGUUUUGACACCACCUGGGUGUACGAUGCUAUGGUGUCCGAAAGGGUGUAUUUGCAAAAAGGGUUAUGUGAGGGAGAAAACAGGAGGAGUUUGUGUAUUAAAAGAGAACUGUAAAAAAUCGAAUUAAAACUAUUACAUAACUUAUAAAAUUGCUAGUUAAUUCGUAUUUGUUUUAUUAGUGAAGGUCAAAGGUUAUUAUAUCUGACACAUAACCUGAUCUUGUUUGAGUUAUGUACAUACGAGUAAUACCUAUUUACAAAAUAAUUUUUGAGUGAAUGCAAUUUUUUGGAGUUGAAUAAAAUUACGAAGUAAAACUACGAGCAACUCGUAUAUUUAAUCCUGUAUUUGGCUCUGCGUUUAUUCCUUCAUAUAUCUCCUUUCGUAAAUGUAUUCUCUUCAGUGAACACAUUUUUUACAAGUGGCUCCAGACUAGACGACUCCUCAUCUAGAUGACAUAAAGACUUUAUGAACUAAAACCAUUUCUUGUGAAAAUAUUGAAAAUCUGACUUUCAGAA